CGCGAAGCGAAGCGGUAGAGAUGUCCAGUCCGGGCGAUGGUGCCAUCGGCGAUGACGUCUCAGACCUCACCUCCGGGAGGAGGGCGGAGUAGCGAGAGCCCGCCGACCCCCCGCGGGUCCGCGGUCCGCAGUUCGGAUGGAAGAGCUUGAGGACGAGGUGGUGGAAGCGCCACACGCAAGCCAGAAAGUGCAGCUUCCCUCCUCCCAGGAGAACCUGGAUGUCCUCGGGAAUGCGACUGGCAAGUUGCCUCAUCUCAAGACUCCUUCCAAUGAGGGCUUGGGAGGGGACCUCUCGCAUUGGUUGCUGCAGCUCCGUGACGAUCUCUUUCGACGCCUCGAUGGGCAAGACUUGAUGUUGAGCAUCCUCAUCGGAGGUGAUUUUGAUGCUCAAUCAGUUGUCACCGAGCUUUCGACCAAUUUCCUGGACAGCUGUCACGAGAAGGCGAGUGACAAUGAGAAACCCACCGACGAGGAGGUCGAAGCCGAGCUCACAGUGUCCAGCAAGGCGACCAAUCAGACGCCAGAGGUACCGAAACGGAAGUCCUUUGUACCGAAGCUGUGGAGCACUUUUACCGACUAUGACUUGGCGCUGCAGGAGAAGCACGACGAGCGGGAAGCACACCGAGUCCGGAGGUUGUUCGCCACGCGUGAUGGAAAACCCACGGGCAUUCCCUGGAGAUACAGGAUCGUGAAGAACUCGAUCUUCGACUCGUUUUGCGCGCUAAUGGUCCUGGCAAACUGCGUCUUCCUGGGCGCGGAGGUGCAAAUGAGUAUUGCCGAUCCGAUGUUGCCCACCUUUAUGCGGGUCAUGUCCUUUAUGUUUACCUUCUGGUUCCUCCUGGAGCUCGUUUUGCGAGUGGCAGCUGAUGGUUGCCAGUACUUCAUUGGACCUGAUUGGAUGUGGAGCUGGUUGGACCUCCUCGUGGUGUUAACCUCCAUUUGGGAGGUGGUGGGCGAUAUCGCCAUGGCCGUCCAAGUGAACAACCAGACGCCCGAGACCAGCGUGGGAGACGUGGGUGGAAUGUCCAGCUUGAAAGCCUUCCGGAUCAUCCGCAUUACGCGCGUCAUCAAGGUGGUUCGCCUCAUGCGCGUCUUUCGUUUCGUCAUGGCCUUCCGCACCUUGAUCGCCUCCAUUGCCGAGACGUUGAAGAGUCUUUUCUGGGCGCUGAUGCUACUGGGAGUGGUCAUCUACGUCUUUGCUGUGCUUUUCACGCAAGCAGUGAACGACUACAUCGCGGAACCUGACAAUCCUAUGCCGGAAGAACUCCGAGUGUUGGCCGUGAAGUACUUUGGAUCGCUCUAUGAUACGAUGCUGAGCCUUUUUGAAUCCAUCGCCAAUGGAGUGAGUUGGAAUCAAGUGCUGGCACCCCUGAGGUAUAUCUCGCCGAUUUGGGCCGUGGUGUACUUGUUCUACAUUUUUUUCACCUACUUCACGGUGCUGAAUGUGGUCACUGCAGUGUUUUGUCAAGCUGCUGUGGAGACAGCGCAGAAUGACCAUGCAGCGAUGGUGCAGUCGGUCUUGAAGAAUAAGAAGGCCCAUUGCGAGAAGCUGCAGCACCUCUUUUCCACUCUGGGCGACCAGUGCACGGGGACGAUCACAUUCAAGAUGCUUCAGGACCGGAUGAAUUGUCCGAAAGUCCGUGCAUACUUCGAAGUCUUGGGCCUGGACAUUUGGGACGCUUGGUCCUUCUUCAAGUUGUUGGACGACGAUGCCUCCGGAGACGUGGCGGUGGAAGACUUUCUCCUUGGCUGCUUGAGGCUGCGAGGACAAGCCAGUGCCAUUGAUAUGGGCAAGCUGCUGCAUGACCAGACUUGGCUGAUGAAGAACUUGGGCAAGUUCCAGACUCAUGUGGCGCAAGAAUUCCACCAUCUCCGCAAAGAGAUCCGGGCCAUCGAGCCCAAGUUGAACUCCAAGAGCCCUGUCUCAGUCUCGCGGUCCAUCACAAGGGGCAAGUCGCCUCUGCCGAGCUCCUCCGCCACCACGCCCACGAUGUCGCGGCACAUCGACGAGCUCGCUCAGAUCGUGAAGACGUCCAGAGAGCUCCGCGACGUGUCCCUAGAGCGGAAGAGCCCGCGCGCGGAGCGGCUUCAGACGGGCGAGGGCGAGGGCUGAGCGGUGAGAAAGCGGGAAUCGAUGAUUCAGGCGAGAAAAGGAGCUUCCGAGGUGAGCUCCCUGGAAGAGAUGGUGUCGAACU